UCAUACUGCAAAUCCGUUUAGUUCUUCAUUUUUCCUGAUAAAUUCUUUUGUAUUUUUCGUAUCGUUGUUUUGUGGUUAUCACAAAAGUAUUAUAUUUUGACUUGGAAUUGUGAGAUUUAAAUCUGGAAUUUUGUUAGACGAACUGGACCUUAAACACAGGAUUGUCCUUUUGAACCACAGAAGUUAAACUGAGCCACAAAAGUCACUACUUAACGAUAGAAAAAUGGACGUUUCGGACGCUGCAACAUUUCACGCUGAAAACAGGACUUUGGCAGAAAACCUAGACACUAACUACUCCCAAUUAUCAAAUGGAGACGAGUCUGGAAUUUCAAAAGAAAGCUUUGACAACGAGGUGCUGGAAAAUGAAACGACGACGAGCAAAAUAACUUCUCACGAAGCAAAACAAAACAACGAACCGGAUUCGGAAGAGGCAGUGGAAUACAAAACGAGCGACGAAAACGCUUCAAUUGGUGCUGAAACAAAAACUGACUUCGAUGUUCCAUGUGCCGACAACACCGAUGAAAUUAUUUCACAAAGUGGGUCGGAAGUGGAAAUUGAGUCGUCAGGGGGUUCCGAUUCUGGAGUUACAGAGGAUUCUCAAAAACAGAUGCUUCCAGAAACAGAAUCCAAAACACCUACCGAGGAACCUUUUGGAAUUGAGAAUACUGCGGAUGAUGAUGAAAUGUCUGAGUUAGAUAACUCGGCUAAUUUUGAUGCUAAAUCGGUGCUAGAAUUUCAAACAGAUGAUCCAACACACGCCAUAGACAAACAGGACCAAAAUUUACAACAGGAUGGUAUAUCGGGCAUUGAGUCGACAAGUGAAACGACCGAAAGAGACGAGACAGAUAGCUUUGAUCGACUGAGUAGCAUGGAAGAGUUUGAACUUCAUGAAAAUCUUUUGCUUCAAGAGGAUGAUGAAAAUAUGCGUGAUGAAACACCCAACUCAGAAGUCGAUUUCGAUGUUACAACUUAUGAUAGAACUGAUUAUGAUAACUACAGUGAUGGAAAUGAUGAGUACGUUCAGUUGGAUAACCAGUCGUCUACCUGUGGUCUUGAGAACAUUCUAGAAGAUGACGGCGAAGCCACUGAGACAGAGGAAGCACCGAAUGUGGAUUGUGUCGGUGAUUCUGCUUUUCAAACAGAUCUAGAGGAUACUACGAAACAAGCAAGAGAUGAAAAGACGCCAGAUGCACAUCUUCUACCUGGAGAGGAUGAAGUGGAAGGAAGCAUUCAAAUAGAAGGAGAACAGGAUUCAAAAUUGACGGGGGAUCCCUCCAGGGGUGACCGCGACGAAGAGGUUGAUAUUCUGGAGAAGAACAACUCAGAGAAGGAACGGGAAGAGAUUGAAGUUGAAAGCGAAGUGGAAUCCGCCCUGGAGGCUCAUUUCGAUACAAAGGACAAGGAUGCUGAUGAUGGAAAGAAGGGUACAAGCGAAGAGUUGAAAUCAAGUCUCGUAGAAAAGAAUGCUUUCGAACACGUGGAGUAUCCUGGAGCUGCAGAAGAGGAAAUCGGCGAGCUAAAUGAUUCUACAGAAAGGGCAUCUGAGGAAAAGAUAGUCAAGGAAAAAGAAACCGAAGAAACACAGACUCAAGCAACACCAAUGGAAGAGUUCAACCAACAGCUCUUAGAAAACAAUACCGAUCCUGAAACAAGCGAGCUGAAUGAUUCGACACGGAAUGAUGCAGAGGAUUCAACAAUCGAAGAAAGUGUAACAGACGCUAUGAAUACCCGGGAGAAUGCAACGGACGAGUGCAACCAACAGCUCUUAGACAACGAUGUCGAUCCUGAAACAGGCAAGCUGAAUGAUUCGACACGGAAUGAUGCAGAGGAUUCAACAGCUGAGGAAAAUGAAAAAGACGCUACGAAUACCUGGGAGAAUGCAACGGACGAGGGCAACCAACAGCUCUCAGACAACGAUGUUGAUCCUGAAACAGGCGAGCUGAAUGAUUCGACACGGAAUGAUGCAGAGGAUUCAACAAUCGGAGAAAGUGUAACAGACGCUAUGAAUAACCGGGAGAAUGCAACGGACGAGUGCAACCAACAGCUCUUAGACAACGAUGUCGAUCCUGAAACAAGCGAUAUGAAUGAUUCUACAGGAAAUGAAGCAGAGGAUUCAGCAAUCGAAGAAAGUGUAACAGACGCUAUGAAUACCCAGGAUGAUGCAAUGGACGAGUGUAACCAACAGCUGUUAGACAACGAUGUUGAUCCUGAAACAGGCAAGCUGAAUGAUUCGAUACGGAUUGAUGCAGAGGAUUCAACAAUCGAAGAAAGUGUAACAGACGCUAUGAAUACCCGGGAGAAUGCAACGGACGAGUGCAACCAACAGCUCUUAGACAACGAUGUCGAUCCUGAAACAGGCAAGCUGACUGAUUCGAUACGGAAUCAUGCAGACGAUUCAACAAUCGAAGAAAGUGUAACAGACGCUAUGAAUACCCAGGAGAAUGCAACGGACGAGUGCAACCAACAGCUCUUAGACAACGAUGUCGAUCCUGAAACAAGCGAUAUGAAUGAUUCUACAAGAAAUGAAGCAGAGGAUUCAACAAACGAAGAAAGUGUAACAGACGCUAUGAAUACCCGAGAGAAUGCAACGGACAAGUGCAACCAACAGCUCUUAGACAACGAUGUCGAUCCUGAAACAGGCAAGCUGAAUGAUUCGACACGGAAUGAUGCAGAGGAUUCAACAAUCGAAGAAAGUGUAACAGAUGCUAUGAAUAACCGGGAGAAUGCAACGGACGAGUGCAACCAACAGCUCUUAGACAACGAUGUCGAUCCUGAAACAGGCAAGCUGAAUGAUUCGACACGGAAUGAUGCAGAGGAUUCAACAGCUGAGGAAAAUGAAAAAGACGCUACGAAUACCUGGGAGAAUGCAACGGACGAGGGCAACCAACAGCUCUCAGACAACGAUGUUGAUCCUGAAACAGGCGAGCUGAAUGAUUCGACACGGAAUGAUGCAGAGGAUUCAACAAUCGGAGAAAGUGUAACAGACGCUAUGAAUAACCGGGAGAAUGCAACGGACGAGUGCAACCAACAGCUCUUAGACAACGAUGUCGAUCCUGAAACAAGCGAUAUGAAUGAUUCUACAGGAAAUGAAGCAGAGGAUUCAGCAAUCGAAGAAAGUGUAACAGACGCUAUGAAUACCCAGGAUGAUGCAAUGGACGAGUGUAACCAACAGCUGUUAGACAACGAUGUUGAUCCUGAAACAGGCAAGCUGAAUGAUUCGAUACGGAUUGAUGCAGAGGAUUCAACAAUCGAAGAAAGUGUAACAGACGCUAUGAAUACCCGGGAGAAUGCAACGGACGAGUGCAACCAACAGCUCUUAGACAACGAUGUCGAUCCUGAAACAGGCAAGCUGACUGAUUCGAUACGGAAUCAUGCAGACGAUUCAACAAUCGAAGAAAGUGUAACAGACGCUAUGAAUACCCAGGAGAAUGCAACGGACGAGUGCAACCAACAGCUCUUAGACAACGAUGUCGAUCCUGAAACAAGCGAUAUGAAUGAUUCUACAAGAAAUGAAGCAGAGGAUUCAACAAACGAAGAAAGUGUAACAGACGCUAUGAAUACCCGAGAGAAUGCAACGGACAAGUGCAACCAACAGCUCUUAGACAACGAUGUCGAUCCUGAAACAGGCAAGCUGAAUGAUUCGACACGGAAAGAUGCAGAGGUUUCAACAAUCGAAGCAAGUGCAACAGACGCUAUGAAUAACCGGGAGAAUGCAACGGACGAGUGCAACCAACAGCUCUCAGACAGCGAUGUCAAUCCUGAAACAGGCACGCUGAAUGAUUCGACACGGAAUGAUGCAGAGGAUUCAACAAUCGAAGAAAGUGUAACAGACGCUAUGAAUACCCGGGAGAAUGCAACGGACGAGUGCAACCAACAGCUCUUAGACAACGAUGUCGAUCCUGAAACAGGCAAGCUGAAUGAUUCGACACGGAAUGAUGCAGAGGAUUCAACAAUCGAAGAAAGUGUAACAGACGCUAUGAAUAACCGGGAGAAUGCAACGGACGAGUGCAACCAACAGCUCUCAGACAACGAUGUCGAUCCUGAAACAGGCGAGCUGAAUGAUUCGAUACGGAAUGAUGCAGAGGAUUCAACAGCUGAGGAAAAUGAAAAAGACGCUACGAAUACCUGGGAGAAUGCAACGGACGAGUGCAACCAACAGCUCUCAGACAACGAUGUCGAUCCUGAAACAGGCGAGUUGAACGAUUCGAGACGGAAUGAUGCAGAGGACUCAACAGCUGAAGAAAGUGAAAAAGAUGCUACAAAUACCCAGGAGAGUGCAAUGGGAGAGUUCAACCACCAACUCUUAGAUAACGAUGUCAGUCCUGAAACCAGCGAGUUGAAUGAUUCUACGCGGAAUGAAACAGAGGAUUCAACAGCCAAAGAAAGUGAAACGACCGCAAAGGAUACGCGAGAGACUGCAGCGGAAGAGUUCAACCAACAGCAUGUAGACAACGAUGCCGAUUAUGAGACAAGCGAUACGAAUGAUUUUACAGGCAAUGAAGCUGAGAAUUCAACAGCCAAAGAAAGCGAAACAGGCGCCUUGAAUACCAGGGAAAGUUUAACGGAAGAGAUCAACCAGCAGCUUGUAGACAACAACGCUGAUCCUGAAACAAGCGAAUUGAAUGAUUCUACGCGGAAUGAAGCAGAGGAUUCAGCAGCCAAAGAAAGUGAAACGGCCGGAAAGAAUAGGGUAGAGAGUGCAACGGAUGAGUUCAACCAACAGCUUGUAAACAACGAUGUCGAUUAUGAGACAAGUGGUACGAAUGAUUUUACAGGGAAUGAAGCUGAGAAUUCAACAGCCAAAGAAAGUGAAACAGACGCCUUGAAUACCCGGGAAAGUUUAACGGAAGAGAUCAACCAGCAGCUUGUAGACAACAAUGCUGACCCUGAAACAAGCGAGCUGAACGAUUCUAAACGGAAUGAAGCAGAGGAUUCAACAGCCAAAGAAUUCGAAACGGACGCAAAGGAUACCCGGGAGAGUGCAACGGAAGAGUUCAACCAACGGCUCGUAGACAACGAUGUCGAUUCUGAAACUAGUGAGCUGAAUGAUUCUAAAGGGAAUGAAGCUGAGAAUUCAACAGCCCAAGAAUGCGAAACCGACGCUAUAAUUACCCGGGAGAGUGCAACGGAAAAGUUCAACCAACAGCUUUUAGACAACGAUAUCGAGCUUGAAGAUGCCGGCCUGAUGGACUAUAAACAGAUUGCAGCUGAGGAUAUAACAUCAGAAGAAUGUAAAACAGACGAAUUGAUGACGCAAGAGAAUCCAAUCGAUGAAUGUAACAAGCAGUUUUUAGACAGCACUUUUGACCCUGAGCACAGCGAACUAACAGGAACUGCAGAAAAAGUCACUGAGGAUGCGACAAUCGAAGAAAAUGCAAGCGACGACAUGAUGAGCCACGCGAGUCCUACAGAAGAGUUUAAAAAGCAACUUUUAGCAAACGAUGUCGAGACUAAACCCUCCGAAAAUAUUGAUUCUAUAGAAAGUGCAACUGACCAACCUAUCGUCGAAGAAACUGUAACAGAGGAAAUGAAAACUCAAGAGAGUUCAAUGAAAGAGUUCAAACAACAGCUCUCAGACAACGAUUUCGAGCCUGAAACAACUAGCGAGCUAAAUGAACCUAUCCAGAAAGAAUCAGAGGAUUUAACAGCCGAAGAAAGAGAAUUAGGGGAAACAAAGACCGAGGAGAACCAAAUGGAAGAGUUCAAACAACAGCUCUUAGAGAACGAUAUAGAGCAAAAACCCAUCGAUCUUACCGGCUCUACGGAAAAUGAAGCCGAGGAAGCAGAUCGAAUGAAGAUACCAGAGACUCCAUUGGAAGAGCUCAGCCAUCAUCUGCUAGAUAGUGAUAUCGAAUCAAACGUCACGCAUCAGAUUGAUUCUACAGAGACUACAACUGAAGACCCAACUGUCGAUGAAACUAAGACCCAGGAAUGUCAAUUAGAUAAUUUCAACAAUCUGCUGUCGAACAACGAUGUCAAUCCUGAUUUAACACAGGUUGUUAUUGGAGAUCCUGCGGCCGAAGAAAUCAAAACGGAAGAAACUCAGACCCCAGAAAAUUCAUUAGAAAUGCAGGAGAGUCCCACGGAAAAAUUCAACCAGCACCUUGAAGAAAAAGAUAUGGAGCAGGAAACCACGGAGCCUAUUUAUGCUACAGAGAAUGAAGAAAAUGAAAAAGACGAAACUGAGACACAAGGCAGCCAAGCGGCAGAGUUCAGCAACCAGCUAUUAGACAGCAAUGUGGAGCCUGAACCCAUCGAUCUGGCUGGCGAGAUUGCAGGUCCGGAUCCAGCGGCCGAAGAAAUUGAAAAGGGAGAAAUUGAGACCCAGGAUAGUUCAAUGGAAAAGCUCAACGAUCAGCUCAUAGACAACGAUGAUGAGUCAGCACCCAUCAUUCUGACAGAUUUUACAGAAAAGGUAAUUGAAGAUCACACUUUAGACGAGACCGAAACAUGCGAAAGUUCCAUGGAACAGAUCGAACAACAGUUUUCAGGCAACAACGUGGAGCGUGAAAACAAUGAGUUGCACUUUUCUUCUGAGAAUGAAAUAGAAACUUUGACAUCCCAAGAAGAUGAAGAAACUAAGACUCAGGACAGUCCAUUGGAAGUGUUUGACACUCAGCUUCAAGACAGCGAUGUCAAGCCUGGACACAUCGAACGAACUGUUUCUGUAGAUAUUUCAACGGACCAACUAGCCGAAGACAGUGAAGCAGCCGAAACGAAGACCCAGGAGAGUCACUUGGAAGAGUUCAACGAACAGCUCUUAGGCAAUGAACCUGAAACCAACGAGCUAGUCAAUUCUACACAAAACGCAGGAGUAAGCUCAGCAGUUGAAAGAACUGGAACAGACGAAACUAAGGCUCAGAUGAGUCCAAUAGACAACGACGCCGAGAGAGAAACCAUCGGUAUGACUGAUACUGCUGUGAAUGAAACAGAGGAACCAAUAGUCGCAGAAAUUCUGGCAGAUGAAUUGAAGUCCCAGGAAAGUCCAACUGAAGCGGUUAGCCAGCAGCUGUUUGACAAGCACGUAGAGCUUGAACCCAUCGUCUUAGUUGGUUCUUCAGAAAAUGUAGAGGAAGAAACGGCUGCAGAACAACUCGCUAGACAGACUUUGGAAACCAAACCGGCUAGUUCUAACGUCGAAGAGCUGCCAGUAGGAUCCAAGGUGUCGAUUUUUGAGGCUGCCAUUGACCAGCAAUCUGUGAAAUUGCACCAACAAGGCCAAAGCAAGCUAACAACCGAAAAUGAUGACUCGAAAUCUGGAACUGAGAAACACAAAAAAUUGAUUUCUUUUUGGGAACAAGUGUCUCAAACAAGCGAAGGGGAAACAAGUCAGAGCAAGAGUACAACUUCAGUUACCAGCAGUAUUUCGAAUAAGCGAUCGGUUUUUGACGCCCAAUUUCAGACUGUACUUUCCAGUUCGAGUUCUAAAACUACGAACAAAACAACUGAACAAAGUUUCUUGCGCCAGACAUCUCGAACAGAUCAAAGACUCAUUGACGACUCAGAAACUGAGCAGGAAGUCGCGGAGCGAAGACCCAUUGACGAGUCAGAAGUCGCGGAGAGCUCUGAAGCAGUAGAGACAAGCCAAAUGAUAAGCAUCGAAGACAUUGUACUGGAAGCGUUCGAGUUUUCAAUAGAAGCUAAUAAAGAGCCAGCGGGUGUAUCGGAGCGUCAUGUUCAUUUUGAUCUGCAACCUGAAGACUUCGAAACCAUGAAUUACAGCAAUGAAAGAACGUCAGAAUCGGAUAUUGGGACACCUUUUGAAAAAGAGCCUGAGUUGGAACAUAUAAUCUCGUCUGAAGCAGGAGAAGACGAUGAUGAUGAAGAAGCAAGACGAAAACAAGAAGAAAAAGAACAAGCUAUACAUGAAGAUGAGGAAAACCAGACAGUUGAAGCAUCUGAUAAUGGAACGGAAAACCAGGACCAAAUAGACACAGCUUUAAAAACUGAUAAAACAAUUGAAUCUGUCCAAAAAGAAGACAUCGAGUCAGUACUAUCUGAGUAUCCAGAAGACGGUACCAGUAGUUUAGAGACAAGCGUUGCUCGACAAUCUGACAUCGAAAAACCAAACGAAAGUGACCGACAGGAACCGAGCCAGCUGGAAUCUGAAUCGGAGGAAAUACCAGAUCUACAUGACAAGCAAAAUGAAGAAACGCCAGAAAUUGAAGAAACACUUGAAUCGGUCCUUAUAGACAACAUUGAGCCACAGUCGUCUAAACUUCCCGAAAGUGUACUAAAAAACUUGGACUCACUGGUGUCGCCCUUUGUUGCCGAAGAAACAAAUGUAACUGUUAAUCAGGAAAAUACAGAACUGGAACCUCAAUCGGAAGAUGAACCGGAACUUGAUCUUCAAGAAAUUGAAGAAACGAUUGAGCCUAUUGUACAAGAAUGCAACAAAUCAGCGCCCUCAGAGAAUCAGGAAGACGUGCCUAAAGUGAACAAUGAUUCAGAUGUUCCUACGGCUACAACAGAACAGCUAAAUGAAGAUACACAGAGAGAUGCAACAGAAACUGUACAUGAAAUACAUGAAACGCAAGAUGUAUCGGAACUGGAAGACACAGAAGUUACACUGAAGACCGAUUUAGGCGAUAUCAAUGAGCAUGCUAUCAAGGAAGAUAUCAUUGAGAAUAUCGAGAAGGAAGUACCAGAACUGGAGUGUCAACAGGAAGUCAAAUCAGAAGACGAAUCGAAACAAGCCAAAGACUUCGAAAAAACUAUUGACAUUGUUGAAACAGGAGACACUGAGUCAUUGGCUUCCGAAGACCACAAAGGUGAAGAAGAUCACAAAACUGAAGAAACAGAUGCUUUGGCCACUUUUACAGAAAAGCUGACUAAAAAAAUUGAAAACGGGAUCACAGAACUAGAAUCUGAACAAGAGGUUGAACUAGAGUUUAAGGAGGACGAAACUGAACAAGCUAUUAUUUCGGAAGAAAUAACUGAAAAUGCUGAAACACCAGAUAUUGAGCCUUCCAAUAUUGUUGAAGACGUAUUUAGAACAGAAACGCCCAAUGAAAAAGAUACGGAGAAGCAGCUUACAGAAACCGCGGCUAAAUCGGUAAAUGAGCAACAACUGGAAUCUGAUCGGGAAGAAAAACCAGAAGUUACCGACAUCGGAGCUGAACAGACAAUUGAGUUUGAGGAAAUAAAAGAAAACUUUAAAAAAGAAAACAUCGAGUCCACGCAUUUUGAAGUCCCUGGAGACGACCAUGCAGUCCAAGAUCCAGACGGUUUAACGACUUCUGCAGAAAACCAGCUUGAAAAUAUCGUACAGGUCGCAGACCUAGAAUCUGACCCAGAAAAUAAAUUGAAAGCUCAAAAAGACGAAAUUGAACCAGCUAUCUAUACCGAAGAAUCAAUUGAAAAAUUUCAAACAGCAGAUGUUGAGUCAGAAGCUUCCAAAAAUCUUAAAGAGACUAUUGAAAAUAAAAAUUUAGACGCUUCAGAGGCUCCUGCAGAUCAGAUUGGAAAAAAUACGGAGAAUAAGCUCUCAGCACUGGAGUUUGAACCUGUAUAUAAACAACAACUGGAAUGUGAACCGGAAGAAAAACCAAAAAUUACAGAAGACAAAACUGAACAAGCGAUGGAAGUCGAGGAACUAACUGCAAAAGUUGUAAAAGAAGACUUGCCUUCGUUGCCUACAGAAGUUACUGAAAGCGACCUUAUAGUGCACAAUUCAGAGGCUUCAAAUGCUCCUUCAGAACAGCCAAAUGAAUGUAUCGAGGAGGACGUCACCGUGAAAGAUCAAUCAGAAGUUAAAACUGACGAAACUGAACAAGCGAUUGAGUUGAACAAAACUAUUCAAAUUGUUGAAAAGUCAGACCUUCAGUCACCGCCUUCCGAAACUCGUGAGGAUAUUCUCAAAGCUGAGGAUUCAGACUCUUCAAGCGCUGUUGAUAAACAGCCUCAAGAAGACAUAGAGAAGGACCGCACACACCUAGAAUCUGAACAAGGAGAUGAGCAGAAGGAAUCUGAAGCAGACAGUAAACCAGAAGCUACAGACGGCAAAGCUGAGCAAGUUAUGGAACUCGAGGAAAGAGCUGAAACUCUAAUAAAAGACGAUUUGGACUCUUUGCCUGCCGAACUUCCUGGAGGUAAUUUUAUAAAUCACAAUGCAGAGGCUUCAAAGGCGCGUACAGUAGAGCCAAAUCAAGAUAUCAAAGAGAAUGUAACAGUGGAAUCAAAACAACAAGCUGAAAUUGAAGAAACUGAACAAGCGUUUGAGAUGAACGAAACUAAUGAAAAUGUUAAAAAAACAGACAGUGAGUUAAUGCGUGCCAAAAUUACUGAAGAUUUUCUAGAUACUGAAGAUUCAAACGCUUCAAAUGUUAUUCAAGAACAGUCAGAAGAAGACAUAGAGAAAUAUCGCACAAAACUGGAAUCCGAAACAGAAAUUGAACCACAGGAAGUUAAACUGGAGGAAAAACCUGAGGCUACAGAUGACAAAAACGAACGAGCGUUGGGAUUUGAGAAAACAAUUGAAAGUGUCGAACAACAAGACUCAGAGUCAGCGCCUUCCAAGUUUUCUGAAGAUGGCCUUAUAGUUCACGAGUCAGAGUCCUCAAAAAUUUCUGCACCAAAUGAAGAUACCAAGGAGACGACAGCUAAAGAUGAACCAGAAGCCGAAAAUGACGAAACUAAACAAGCGUUCGAGCAGAAUGAAACUGUUAAAACGGUUGAAAAAGCAGACAUUGAGUCAACACCAGCCGAAGCUACCGAGGACGUGGUCAAAAUUAGAGAGUCUGACGCUUCUAGCAUUCUUAUAGAACAGCCUGAAGAAGACUUGGAGAAGGAGUAUAAUGAAGUGGAAUCAGACCUGGAAGAUAAACCGGAAAAAACUGAACAGGAGGAUAAACCAAAAUCUACAGAUGAAAGAAUUGAACAAGCGUUGGAUUUCGAGGAAACAACUGGAAGUAUCAAAAAAGAAGACUUGGAGUCGGCGCUUUCCAAAAUUCCGGAAAAUAUUCUCAAUGCUGAUGAAGCAGACGCUUCAAACAUUCUUCAAGAAAUGCCUGAUGAAGGCAUAGAGAAGGAGCGCACAGAACUGGACCCUAUAAUGGGAGAUCCACAGGUGGACUCUAUACUGGAGGAUGAACCAGACGCUACAGACGACAAAACUGGACAAGCAAUGGUAAUCGAGGAAUUAAAUGAGACUAUUGAAAAAGAAGGGUUCAAGUCAGAGCCUUCCAACACGCUUGAAGAUGGCCUAGUAGUUCACAAUACAGAAGCUUCAAUUAUUCCAACAGAACAAACAAAUGAAGAUAUCAAAGAAAAAGUCACAGUGGAAAAUAAAACAGAAGCUGAAAUUGAUGAAUCUGGGCAAGUGGUCGAUUUGAACCAAAAUAUUGAAACCGUUGAAAACGCAGAAAUUCAAUCAUCGACUGCCAAAACAUCUGAGGAGUUUCUCGAAGGCAAAGAGGAAACAACUGAGAGUAUCCAGCAGCAAGACUUGGAUUCAUCACAUUCUGAAAUUUUGGAGGACGAUCUAUUAGUUCAGGACACAGGCGCUUCAAAAAGUCCUGCAAAACAGUCAACUGAAGAUAACAAGGAAGUCACUGAAUUGAAGGAUGUUCUAGAAGAUGAAAUUGCCGAAACUGAACAGACGGUCAAGUUGAAUGAAUCUAUUGAAACUGUUGAAAACGCGGGCAUUGAGUCAGCGCUUGCCAGAGUUUCAGACCAUUCAAACGUUCAUAAAAAACAGCCUGAAGAAUACACAGAGAAAGAACACACAGAACUGGUCUCUAAAGUUGUAGAUGGGCCGUUUGAUUAUGAUCUAGCUGAUGAACUAGAAGCUACGGACGAUAAAACCGGACAAGCAAUGGAAAUCGAGGAAUUAACUGAGAGUAUCGAAAAGAAAGAGUUGCAGUCAGAUUCUCCUAAAACUCUUGAAGAUGACCUAGUAGUUCAGGAUACAGAAGCUUCAAUUACUCAACAGUCAAGUGAAAAUUACAAAGAGGAAGUCUCUGUGGAAAUUAAACCAGAAGCCGAACUAGAAGUUACAGAAGACAAAACUGAACAAGUGAUGGAGUUUGAGGAAACGACUGAAAAGAUCGUAAAAGAGGAGUUGGAAUCAGCGCCUUUUGGAAUUCCUGAAGAUGACUUUGUAGUUCACGAUACAGAGGCUUCAAAUGCUGCUACAGAUCAGUCAAAUGAAGAAAUCAAGGAAGAGGUCACAGUGGAAGAUAAACCACAAGCUGAAAUUGGCGAAGUUGAAGAAGCGAUCGAGUUGAACGAAACUGCUAAAAACCUUGAGAAAAUUCUCAAAACUGAAGAUUCAGACGUUUCAAGCGUUGCUAAGGAACAGCCUGAAAAAAUCAUAGAAAAGGAGAACACAAAACUGGAUUCUGAACCGGCAGAUGAUCCGCAAGAAUCGAAGCCAGACGGUAAACUAGAAGUUACAGAAGGCAAAACUGAACAAGCGAUGGAGUUUGAGGAAACGACUGAAAAGAUCGUAAAAGAGGAGUUGGAAUCAGCGCCUUUCCAGAUUCCUGAAGAUGACUUUGUAGUCCACGAUACAGAGGCUUCAAAUGCUGCUACAGAUCAGCCUAAUGAGGAAAUCAAGGAAGAGGUCACAGUGGAAGAUAAACCACAAGCUGAAAUUGGCGAAGUUGAAGAAGCGAUCGAGUUGAACGAAACUGCUGAAAAUGUUGAAAAAGCAGACAUUAAGACAACGCCAGCUGAAAACCUUGAGAAAAUUCUCAAAACUGAAGAUUCAAACGUUUCAAGCGUUCCUAAAGAACAGUCUGAAAAAGUCAUAGAAAAGGAGAACACAAAACUGGAUUCUGAACCGGCAGAUGAUCCGCAAGAAUCGAAGCCAGACGGUAAACUAGAAGUUACAGAAGGCAAAACUGAACAAGCGAUGGAGUUUGAGGAAACGACUGAAAAGAUCGUAAAAGAGGAGUUGGAAUCAGCGCCUUUCCAGAUUCCUGAAGAUGACUUUGUAGUCCACGAUACAGAGGCUUCAAAUGCUGCUACAGAUCAGCCUAAUGAGGAAAUCAAGGAAGAGGUCACAGUGGAAGAUAAACCACAAGCUGAAAUUGGCGAAGUUGAAGAAGCGAUCGAGUUGAACGAAACUGCUAAAAACCUUGAGAAAAUUCUCAAAACUGAAGAUUCAGACGUUUCAAGCGUUGCUAAGGAACAGCCUGAAAAAAUCAUAGAAAAGGAGAACACAAAACUGGAUUCUGAACCGGCAGAUGAUCCGCAAGAAUCGAAGCCAGACGGUAAACUAGAAGUUACAGAAGGCAAAACUGAACAAGCGAUGGAGUUUGAGGAAACGACUGAAAAGAUCGUAAAAGAGGAGUUGGAAUCAGCGCCUUUCCAGAUUCCUGAAGAUGACUUUGUAGUCCACGAUACAGAGGCUUCAAAUGCUGCUACAGAUCAGCCAAAUGAGGAAAUCAAGGAAGAGGUCACAGUGGAAGAUAAACCACAAGCUGAAAUUGGCGAAGUUGAAGAAGCGAUCGAGUUGAACGAAACUGCUGAAAAUGUUGAAAAAGCAGACAUUAAGACAACGCCAGCUGAAAACCUUGAGAAAAUUCUCAAAAAUGAAGAUUCAAACGUUUCAAGCGUUCCUAAAGAACAGUCUGAAAAAGUCAUAGAAAAGGAGAACACAAAACUGGAUUCUGAACCGGCAGAUGAUCCGCAAGAAUCGAAGCCAGACGGUAAACUAGAAGUUACAGAAGGCAAAACUGAACAAGCGAUGGAGUUUGAGGAAACGACUGAAAAGAUCGUAAAAGAGGAGUUGGAAUCAGCGCCUUUCCAGAUUCCUGAAGAUGACUUUGUAGUCCACGAUACAGAGGCUUCAAAUGCUGCUACAGAUCAGCCAAAUGAGGAAAUCAAGGAAGAGGUCACAGUGGAAGAUAAACCACAAGCUGAAAUUGGCGAAGUUGAAGAAGCGAUCGAGUUGAACGAAACUGCUGAAAAUGUUGAAAAAGCAGACAUUAAGACAACGCCAGCUGAAAACCUUGAGAAAAUUCUCAAAACUGAAGAUUCAAACGUUUCAAGCGUUCCUAAAGAACAGUCUGAAAAAGUCAUAGAAAAGGAGAACACAAAACUGGAUUCUGAACCGGCAGAUGAUCCGCAAGAAUCGAAGCCAGACGGUAAACUAGAAGUUACAGAAGGCAAAACUGAACAAGCGAUGGAGUUUGAGGAAACGACUGAAAAGAUCGUAAAAGAGGAGUUGGAAUCAGCGCCUUUCCAGAUUCCUGAAGAUGACUUUGUAGUCCACGAUACAGAGGCUUCAAAUGCUGCUACAGAUCAGCCAAAUGAGGAAAUCAAGGAAGAGGUCACAGUGGAAGAUAAACCACAAGCUGAAAUUGGCGAAGUUGAAGAAGCGAUCGAGUUGAACGAAACUGCUGAAAAUGUUGAAAAAGCAGACAUUAAGACAACGCCAGCUGAAAACCUUGAGAAAAUUCUCAAAACUGAAGAUUCAAACGUUUCAAGCGUUCCUAAAGAACAGUCUGAAAAAGUCAUAGAAAAGGAGAACACAAAACUGGAUUCUGAACCGGCAGAUGAUCCGCAAGAAUCGAAGCCAGACGGUAAACUAGAAGUUACAGAAGGCAAAACUGAACAAGCGAUGGAGUUUGAGGAAACGACUGAAAAGAUCGUAAAAGAGGAGUUGGAAUCAGCGCCUUUCCAGAUUCCUGAAGAUGACUUUGUAGUCCACGAUACAGAGGCUUCAAAUGCUGCUACAGAUCAGCCAAAUGAGGAAAUCAAGGAAGAGGUCACAGUGGAAGAUAAACCACAAGCUGAAAUUGGCGAAGUUGAAGAAGCGAUCGAGUUGAACGAAACUGCUGAAAAUGUUGAAAAAGCAGACAUUAAGACAACGCCAGCUGAAAACCUUGAGAAAAUUCUCAAAACUGAAGAUUCAAACGUUUCAAGCGUUCCUAAAGAACAGUCUGAAAAAGUCAUAGAAAAGGAGAACACAAAACUGGAUUCUGAACCGGCAGAUGAUCCGCAAGAAUCGAAGCCAGACGGUAAACUAGAAGUUACAGAAGGCAAAACUGAACAAGCGAUGGAGUUUGAGGAAACGACUGAAAAGAUCGUAAAAGAGGAGUUGGAAUCAGCGCCUUUCCAGAUUCCUGAAGAUGACUUUGUAGUCCACGAUACAGAGGCUUCAAAUGCUGCUACAGAUCAGCCAAAUGAGGAAAUCAAGGAAGAGGUCACAGUGGAAGAUAAACCACAAGCUGAAAUUGGCGAAGUUGAAGAAGCGAUCGAGUUGAACGAAACUGCUGAAAAUGUUGAAAAAGCAGACAUUAAGACAACGCCAGCUGAAAACCUUGAGAAAAUUCUCAAAACUGAAGAUCCAAACGUUUCAAGCGUUCCUAAAGAACAGUCUGAAAAAGACAUAGAAAAGGAGAACACAGAACUGGGUUCUGAAACGGUAGAUGUUGCGCAAGAAUCUAAACCAGACGGUAAACUAGAAGUUACAGAAGACAAAACUGAACAAGCGAUGGAGUUUGAGGAAACGACUGAAAAGAUCGAAGAAGUAGAGUUAGAACCAGCGCCUUUCGGAAUUCCUGAAGAUGACCUCAUAGUCCACUAUGCAGAGGCUUCAUCGGCUCUAACAGAACAGUCAAACGCAGACAUGGAGAAGGAGGCCACAGGACUGGAUUUUGAAUUAGAAGAUAAACCACAUGUACAAUCCGAAUUAGAAGAUAAACUAGAAGAUAUGGAUGACAAAGAUCCGCAAGGUUCAAAGCUUGCAGAAACAGACGAAAAUAUCCAAAAAGAAGACAUCGAGUUAGCGCCUUCCGAGAUUCUUGAAGACAACCACAAAGUUGAGGAUAUCAUUGACUUCCCAGCCCUUACAGAACAGCCCAUAAAAAACACCGAGAUUGAGGUUACAGAAUUAGAAUCUAAAGCGGAAGUCAAGCCAGAUGUUCAAAACAACGAAAAUGAACAACUGUUGAUUUCAGAGGAAACUUUCAAAAAUGUUGAAAUAACAGAAAUGGAAUCAACGCCUUCUAAAACUCUUGAAACUGAAGAUUCAGACGCUUCAAAGGCUUUCAAAGACCAACCUAACGAAGUUAUCGAGAACGGGGUCACUGAACUGGAUUCUGUACUGGGAGAUAAACCACUGCUGGAAUCAGAAGGGCAAGACAAACCAGACGAGGAAAUUGAAGAUGCAGACGCUCUGACAUCUCUUACGAAGCAGCCUAAUAAAGAUAUCGACAACGAGGAUCUGGUAUCUGAACCGAAAGAUAAAACUGAGGUUAAAAACGAUGAAAAUGAACAAGCAAUCGAUUUGAAUGAAACUAUUGAAAAUUUUGAAAAAACAGACACUGAGUCAACGCCCUCCGAAGUUCCUGAAGAUGAUAUCAAAACUGAAGAUUUAGACGAUUCGAUGGCUCCUACAAAACAGCCAAAUAAAGAUAAUGAGAACAAGGUGACAGAACUAGAAAACGAGUCUUUUGAAGAUAUCGAAAACCAAAUUGGGAAACAAUUUGAAACUGAAAAACAGAUAGAGCUUGAAGAGAGCAUGGAAUUGGCUCAGGGGGAAGAAUUGAAGUCAGAACAAUCUAAAAUAGCGGCGGAAGUUCCAGAUCAAAAGGAAACACUCAUUUCCUCGUUUGUAGCAGACAAACCCGAGCAAGAGGAGAAACAGGAAGUGACAGAACUAGAAGCUGAGAAAAUACAAACACCUGCAACUGAUGAUUUAAAAAAUCAGAAAGUAAAAGAGAGCGAAGAAACAAGUGAGAGCGUUGAAGAAUCUGCAGAUAAAAUGGGAAAUACGCUUGAAAUUGAAGGAAGAGAAGUUAACGAAACAGUUGAAUCAUUACAAAUUUCUGACCUUGACCCAAUACCGACUGAUCUCUCUGAAAAUAUUCGCCAAAGUAUGGAAGCACUCGUUUCUCCGCCUGUUACAGAAGAACCAACUGAGAUGAAUGACCAGAAAUCAACAGAAUUGAUACCUGAAGUUAAAGAUGAAAUGGCACUUGAAAAUAAAGAAGAUGACGAUAAAGCUAAUCAGAUAGAAAUCGACACUCAAAUCGAAAACCAAAACCAGUUUGAAAAUGAAAAAGUGGCGGAAAUUAACGAAUCAAAUCAAUCGGUGGAAUGUGACGAUAUUGAGUCCGAAAUACCUGAAAUUAAAUCAGACUUUUCUGAGAAGUUUGAAGCAACGUUGUACCAGUCCCCUGCUAUUGAUGAGUCUGAUUUGAGCUAUGGGCAUCUGGAGACUACACAUGAAACCGUCGUUGAAGAGAAAUUGGCAGAUGCCGAGGAAAAAGAAAAAACAACUGACGACAGCGCUGAACUAUCAGAGGACCCUGGAGUUCAGUGUGCUCACGAGAUGCUCUCCAAAAAGAUGACAGAUGGCGAACCAGAUGAAGAAUCAUUGUCUGUAUUAAUUGACAAGGAGCUUCUGGAACAGUCCCAGCGAUCCAGUUUUUCAGAAGAUCAGCUUGUUUCUCAUAGCAAGGUAAGUGAUCAAAUUUUAGAUCAGGUCAGUGCAGAAAAUGCUGGGACGUCCAAUUUCGACGAGUUAAAGCAGAUAUCCGAUAUCGACUCCGAUGACUCUACGGUCGUUGACGAAGAUGCAGGAAUUGCAGUUGACGCGAGUCCAGUUCGAGAUACUCCUGAAGAGAGAAAGACUCCGGUUCAAGAUGUUGAGGAAAUGUUAGUUGUAACCAAUGGAUUCGGAAGCCCAAGCAAACGUCGUGGCGAUUUCUCUUCUGAUGAAGGCGAGUGUAUGAUACAGCUGAAAGGAUCUUUACGAUUCUCAAAUUCAAUUCGAGGAAUUCCAGAGUCUAAUGGGUUCUUCAGUGACAACGAACACUACUUCUCAGACGCACCGACGUUAAACAGAUCGGCUAAGUAUUCAAACGACGCCAGCUACUACGUGCAAUCAGAUACUGAAGGGUUUACACAACGUGGAAGAACCUCUUCUAAGCAGAGUCAACGACCAAAUGUUCGAUCCGCUUCAUCAUACGGAAUCCUGGACACCUAUGCCAGAGGUAUCAGUCCUAGGCCAUAUUGCAGGGACCUGCAAAUUUUCCCACCACAGCAGCGUAACGGUCAUGAAACAGACCCCGGAAGUAUUUCGACAUUAAGAAGACGACAAACUUCACCGGAGACAAGGUCGGGUCGGUCCUCGAGCAUCAGAGAUGAAAUUGAGCGAAAUAGAGCGGAGUUUUACGCUUCUACAUUUUUCCGACCGCCGAAAUACAGCUGGAGUCAAAGUCAAGCAAAUGACUAUGAUGAAAAGACAAAGUCAAGUCCAAAACUGAACCGGUUCAAUAUUUCGGAUUCACCCAACAAAACGCUUCCGAAAAACGCGAAACUGUCAAUUAUGAAAAUCGAACAUCAACCUGAACAAAGUCUGAACGGAUCCAAAGAAAAUGAGCAUGAUGAUGAGCAAGCUGUUGUUGAGACGAAUUCUGCAAAGUCGCAGUCGCUCCAGAAAACAGAGAGUUUUUCGCGGUCCUCUUUGAAAAGUCGAGGAUCCGUAUCAAAACAAACUAAAUCUCUUGUCCUUUCUAAAGUGGCGACUGAUAUUUCUAGCCCGGUCACGCCCGAAAUAACGAAAUCUGACUUGAAGCCCGCGAGAACUGGUGAAAUAGCAGUCGCUCCGCUGGAACCAAUGGAUGCGACGUUGCCGAGACGAGGCCGUAAAACCAAGAAGUCAUCUGAAACAAAGAAAAAGGGUUCGAAAGACCCCUCUGGGAACAACGACCAGUCUCGUUCUAGGUCCCGCUCGAUAGUAAAUGCUAUGCGUAAUUUGAUUAGCUGUUCUAUGCGACCCAGUGAUUAGCUCCGAUUUUAUUAAAACAUAAAAAGCGAUGGCUGAAAGCUUCUUUUAUAUCAAAAAAUUACCCGCGUUUUAAAUACUCUGGAACUCAUUAUUAUCUACUCAAAAGGUGCGGAAAAUCCAUUUAUUCGAGUUGCUGACUGAGUAAAUUUUCUUAAAUUGCUUUCUAGAAAUCAAAAUUAGAAAUCUAUCCAAUAAUAGUGCAGUUUUAUGCGCAGCAUGCUUCUGAUUUCUAUAUUAUGCCAAGCAACUGACUUAAUUUCGCGUAAAAAUGUAGCAAAUUGAAAUCAAGUACUGUUUAAGCAGAUGGAGCUUGAAAAA